AUGGAUGAAGAAAUAUCAGUUCAGGGUUGUUCAAGAAGAGAAGGGAUGACUGUCACUAAUCUUCACCAUUACCGUGCAGAGAUUUUUUAUGUUGCUAUUGACAAAAUAUGUGUGGAGAUGGAUCACCAGUUUAGUGAGGGAAAACUCUUUUCCAAGUUUGAUGUUGAUAAGCUUGCUCGUCUUUCUAAUAUUUAUCAUGCAUACUUUUUUGAUGAUGACCGUGGAACAAUAAGGGAGCAACUUGAGACUUAUGUACAUCAAGUGAAAAGGCAUGCUUCCUUUACUUCUUGUAAAGAUGUUCAAAGUUUGGCUAUAAAAAUGGUUCAAACUGAGAAACAUUUGAUAUUUCUAUCGGUCUACAAGCUCAUUGAGUUGUCUUUGAUAUUGCCGGUGUCGACAACAUUCAUUGAAAGAGCUUUUUCAGCAAUGAAGAUUAUCAAGUCUAAUUUGUGCAACAAGAUCAACGAUGUGCGGUAA